AUGCCUGCCGCUCAUGGAAGUAAGCCGAGAUGGUGGCGCUCGCCUUACCGCUACAGCAGGUGCACUAGGAUCCUCAUGCAGGACGGGAGGUUCCACGGUCCCUUCAUGGAGCCCAUUAUUCAGCAUCGUGUAGUUCCAAGUACCGUAGACUUCGUAGAUCGGGUCGUCCAGGGAAACAUGGACGAGGCGCACUUCGAGCGGCUGGCGGUUAUCGUGGCAUUGCGAUCCGAGCUUCAAAAUGAGGUCAGUCAGGUUUCGGUCUGUUAG